AUGCCCCCAGGAGUCGCCUUGACCGCCUGGUGCUGCCCAUGUGUUGCUCUUGGCAACCUUGCCGCUCUUCGUGGCGAAAGCUGCUUCAAAUGGGCUAUCUUCUUCAUGCUCCCACCACUCAAUUGCAUCUGCCACUACAAACUUCGACGAGAAAUCUCUGGAGCUACUGGUGGCUGCUUCAAGGACGCUAUGGUUGUCAGUUGCUGCCCAUGCGCCGCUAUCGUCCAAGAGACCAAAUCCGUCCGACGAGGAUAA